AUGAGCCCAUUUAUAAAGGGUAGACAAAGAAGAACAGAAGAAAUUUUGAAAGGUGAUCUGAAGCACCAUAAUGAUGACGGGCUUGUAAAAAGUGUUAUAGAUGAUUUGGAAGAUGCCAUAUCAGCUAUUGAAGACCUAAAGUUUUUCCUAGCGACAGCACCACUUAAUUGGCAUGAAAAUCAAGUCAUAAGAAGAUAUUAUUUGAACAAUUCACAAGGCUUUAUAUCUUGUGUUUUUUGGAACAGCUUAUAUUAUAUGACUGGAACUGACAUAGUUAAGGCGUGUAUGUACAGAAUGGAAAAAUUUGGUCGUAAGGUAAUAGAAAGGAAGAAGUUCGAAGAGGGACUUUUCUCUGAUUUGCGGAACUUGAAGUGUGGACUGGAUGCAACUUUAGAACAGCCGAAAUCAAAGUUUUUAAAGUUCUUAUUCCGCAAUCUAUGCCUCAAGACCCAAAAGAAGCAAAAGGUAUUCUUUUGGUUUAGCAUUCCACACGAUAAACUCUUUGCAGAUGCCCUUGAGAGGGACCUCAAAAGAGAAUUCAAUGGCCAGAAUCCAACUACAAUCGCAAUUCAAGAACCAGCCUUGUCAUUUAAUUACGACCAGGAUUCCAAACUGUCACUCCAAGAACAACUGAGCCGCCAUAUUUCGACAAAGAAAUGCAACACAAUUACAAAAUCUGGAGAUAAAGACAUAAGUAAAAAUAAAAUUACAAAUGCUGUUGUCGAUAACCAAAAUGAGGAGCAAAAGGAGGCAAAUGAUAUCUCUUCUUUAGAGGAAGUAAGCAAUUCUGUUAAUAUUGGUGAUCCAUUGUCGAGAUCAAACCAUUCUUCAUCUUAUGCAUACUCAAAAUUUCAAAGCUGUAACACAUCUCAUGCUCAAAGUGCUAUCAGCUCUCCUCUAAGCCCUACAAACAAUCUUCCCGCUAGUAUGGAUACUGACUAUUCAAGUGAUUUAAAGGAACUGACAUCAGAUUCUCCAAAUUUUGAUAACGAUGAUAAUUUUAUGAAUAUUAAAAUUGAAUAUCCUGACGAGAAUAUUAGUAAUGGAUUUCUGGCUACUAGUUUGAACCCAGACCAAAGCUUUUUGUAUUACGACGAUCGGAAUAUGGAGAUUGAUAAAAAUUCCAGCAUUGAUACAAACAAAAUUGUUACGGCACAAUUUUCACCGUUCUUGGUCUCGGCUAGUUUGGAUCCACAAUAUUUAUUGCCCCAUGUCCAACGAACACCAUUUCAGGAUAUUAAAUCAGCCGCAAAAGAUGGUGCAUUUACAACUCAGAAGAUAAAUCCUUCUGUAGGGAAUAAUUUACACUUCCCUUACCCGGAGGUUACUAGCCCUGGAUUAGUGGAUAGCAUAACUUUAAGUGAACUGUUAGACGAGAAUUGCAAUAAUGCAAGCUUUGAACUGAACAAUGAGCGAGUCAAAAUCUCUUCUCAGGAAUUGUCAAUAUGGAAUAUGUUACCUCACAAUUCAACUUCGCAUAUGACUCCUGUUUUUCAUUCAUUAUUGAGUGCUGGUAUUAAAGGUACCCACCUCCCAGCGUAUAGUCCAUUCUUAACAACAACUCCUUGGGGUAGCUUGUCAUCACCAUUCUCUAGUGCUAAAAGUAACAAGUCAUCACAAAGACGACAGUCGCAGUUUGACACCAGAACCUUGGGAAAAAGGAGAAAAACAAAAACCUGCUCUAAAUAUUCAUCCCCAAAUGGUAUUGCUAGAAAUACAAAACCCAAUAAGGUAUUAAAAAACAGUAUAAACAAAAUGAUAGAUACCUUACGUUCAAAUACAAAAAAUGUAAGUUAG